AUGGACCAGAAUGUAGAAGAAGUAGGUCUCGAAGAGCGCUUGAAAUCGGCCCUGUGGCUCUCCAUUGGGAAGAUUGUCGACGAGGAAACCAUCAAGCUCGGUGUCAACGCCACGCCUCAGUUCAUUGGCGCUCUCACGGAGAUGGUCUGGGCCCAGAUAGUCUGCGUCAUUGGAUGGUCAUUGGAACUUUGCGCUGACUCUGUUCUCAUUCAACCAGAAACUGUGAGCCAAGAUCUGGAAUCGUUCGCUAAACAUGCCGGCCGCUCCACCAUCAACGUUUCCGAUGUAAUGCUUCUGGCCCGUCGCAACGAGGGUCUGGAAUCGAUUAUGCGCGCUUUCGUUGAUCAGAUGCGCGAGGAAGAAGAAGAAGAAUCGUCCUGA